CCUGGCUGUGACUGAAGAUGUCUGUGACUGGAUUGACUUGUAAUUCACCUCGCUUUUCUUUUUAUAUACCUAAAAGAGGGUCAGGGGAUUUAUGUGGUCAAGUUUCAGCUUUUACCCAUCAUCAAAACUUAAGGAAAAAGAUGCAACCUCUUCGUUUUGAUAGACGUUACUGGAUUGGUUUCACACAGAAAAAUGAGGUUGUGCAAAGUCACAGUAUCUAUAAUGCAAUGGGUGCUUCUUUUGGUGAUACAGCUGACAACUCAAGUGAUGCAGCUGUUUUUCCUCGAAUCAACAUAAGUGAUCCAUAUAAACGGCUUGGAAUUAGCAGGGAAGCUUCUGAAGAAGAAAUCCAAGCUGCAAGGUACUUCCUCAUUCAUAAAUAUGCCAGACACCAGCCAAGCAUUGAUGCGAUCGAAUCAGCUCACAACAAGAUAAUCAUGCAGAAGUUCUAUGAGAGGAAGAACCCUAAGAUCGAUAUCAAGAAAAAGGUCCGGGAAGUAACUCAAUCACGGGUUGUUCAGGCCGUCAUGAGUAGGUUUCAAACGCCAUCUACAAACUUCAUCAUAAAGACAGCGAUUGCAUUUGCAAUUCUUGGUGCACUCACUGUUCUUUUCCCAACAGAAGAUGGACCGACCCUUCAGGUAGCCAUCUCCUUGAUUGCUACCAUAUAUUUCAUAUAUGACCGGCUGAAGAGUCGAGUCCGAGCUAUACUAUACAGCAUUGGGGCUUUCAUCGUCUCUUGGCUCUUGGGGACAUUCUUGAUGGUGUCUGUUGUUCCACCUAUACUUCGUGGCCCAAGGAGCUUGGAAGUUUCGACUUCUUUAGUAAGCUAUAUUCUUCUAUGGGUUUCUUCUACUUAUCUGAAGUAACAUGAGUUCUAUCACCUGUUCUACAUCCCUUUUUUGUUGUGGAUAACGACUGAAUAUUCCUGCUGGUGGUUCAUUGGUAUCAACAUCUUCGAAGCUGGUCAUCCCAUGUUGGGUUAGUUUUUCAAACAAGCCAAAGGAGAAGUUUUGAGGAAAGAGUAGCUGCUUGUUUUGUUUGAGAAAAUUUAAGACUUGAGUUGUUCUGUUUUCCAGUAUAUAUUA